AUGGAACAUCCCGCUUACACAUUGGCCGCUUUGACCGCCUUGGGUGGCUCCAUGGGGUACAUUCGUAAGGGCUCCAAGCCAUCGCUGAUCGCUGGUUUGGCUUUCGGUGGCAUUUACGGGUACUCGGGCUAUCUAUUGAGCCAAAACGCGGACUACGGACUGGAACUGGCGCUGGGUGCCAGUACGUUGAUGCUUGUUACCGGUAUCGCCAGGGGAGUUCCAUCGCGCUUCAGAAAGCCAGUUCCCUUGGUUUUGACGGUCCUGGGUGGUUUAGGCACCGCUUUCUACACCAAGAAGUACAACGAGUUCUACUAG